AUGGACCCAAGUGUGACCCCUGAGCAGCGGCAGCUGGUGGCCCAGAUCCUGAAGGCCAAGGAUUACUACGAAACCCUGGAGUUGGCGAAGGGGGCGGACGACGACGAAAUCAAGCGUGCAUACAGAAAGCUGGCCCUGAAGCUGCACCCGGACAAGAACAAGGCCCCCAAGGCGGAGGAGGCCUUCAAGGCCGUCAGCCGCGCCUUCAGCUGCCUCAGCGACGCUGAUAAGCGCGCCCACUAUGACAGGACGGGCUACGAGUCUCGUGAUGCUGCGGCUACUGCGAAUGCUGGCCGCGGCGGCGCUGCGCGCACGCGCAGCGGGCCGUUUGGGCCGAUGGGUGGUGGCGCAUUCUACGGCGAGGCGGACAUCGACCCAGAGGAGAUCUUCAACAUGUUCUUUGGGGCCGGUGCAUUUGGGCCCCACCGCGUCUACCGCAGCCACUUCGGGAACCCCCAGUUUGCGCAGCGGCGGGCGCGGACGGGCGCGCCGCCCAGCCCGCAGGAGCAGCAGCGUGGUGCCAUGCUUGGGCUGCUGCAGCUGCUGCCGGUGCUGCUGUUGGUGUUCAUGACCCUCUUCAGCGGCUCAGCCGACCCUGCUUACUCGCUGCAGCGUGACGCCAAGUACACGCAGGGCCUGGCCACCACGCGCCUGCAGGUGCCGUACUAUGUGAAGCACGUGGGCGAGUUUGAGGCCAAGUAUGGUGGCACAGGGACGCAUGGGCGGACAGCGCUGGAGCGGCAGGUGGAGUCGGAGUACUAUGAGGGCACGCACCUCCGCUGCCAGCAGGAGCGCAUGACGCAGCACCGCAUGUACACAUGGGGCAAUCGUGCAAAGGCAAAAGCCAUGCCUAUGCCGGGCUGCGAUGAGCUGCUUUCGCUCAACGACCGGCUCGGCAUUGGCCGCGGUGGGCAGCAGCGCGUCUCUGUGUACUGA